UGAUUUUUAUUUUUUUUAUUAAUAUAAAACAUCUCAAAUCUUUCAUGCGGUUGUGCAACUAAUUUCAAUGUGAUUAUAAAUAUUUGUGCUAUCAUUUCUUUAAAAUUAGUUUUAAAUUAUAAAAUAUUUUUUAAAUUAUCAACUUUUUUCACUUGUAAAAUUACAUCAUCUCCUUGUUUUAUAUGAUAUAUCAUUAUCUCAUCUUCACUAUUUAAUAUGUAUAUGAUAUUUAAUGAGGAGGAAGAAGAUAAGAAAGGGUUCGUUUAGGCCAUUUAUAUGUUUGUGUAUUAUAUUUGUUGAUAUUCUAUUUUUAUUAUUUUUGUGUUUGAGUAUUUUUUUAAUUUUUUAAUAUUUUGUUUUUCAUAUGUAUUAUUUGUACAUGAUAUUAUUUUUAUCUAAUGUAUGACAUUAUUUUUAUCUAAUUAUUAAAGUACUAGUUCGAUUGACGGUUUGACUAGUGGAAUCAUGAAAACCUUGACCAACUAGCCUUUUCGGUUUAAUGUUUAGUAUGGCUUUUAAAACAUUUCUCUUUGUUCAUGAAUUUCUUUACCAUGGGGAAAAACUAAUUGAAUAUGAGAAUCUAAGUCUUGUACACCUAUACAAUGGUGCUAAAAACUUUAACUAAACUUUAAGUGCUUUCCUUAAAAUGCAUGAUAUUUUCCGUAAAAGUACUUGUGCCAAUAGAUGGCAACACAAUGAGGUCAUAUAAAGGAAAAAUAGACAUAUUCUUGUAGUUAAUGGAGCACUGAUGUUCACUCGCAAUGUGCCAAAGUUCUAUUGGUGAGAUGUUAUUUUGACCACAACCUACCUUAUCAAUCAAAUGCCAAGUAAAGUCUUGUCUUGAUACUCCUCUCAAAAGAUUAUAAUGUGUCUUUCCCACAUUACAUCUUGAAUCCGAUCUUCCUCUUUUUAUGUUUGGGUGCACGAUCUUUUUUCACAUCCACUAAAGCCAGAAACAUGAACCUUGUGCUAUGAAGUGUAUAUUUCUUGGGUAUUCUCCUAUUGAAAAGGGAUUCAAAUGUUUUGACCUUGUUUUAGAGCUCACUUUUGUAAGCCUUGAUGUCACUUUUUAUGAGAUACUCCUUUCUAUCACAAUUCUUCGAUUCAAGGGGGAGCAUGUGUAAAUCUCAGACUUGAAAACAUGAACCUACAAGAACGGGUACCUCUUGAGCAUUGGAUUGUACCAAUAGAACCAUUACCCCCGCCAUCACCAUUACCUAAAUCCUCAUCUUCCUUGACCUCAUCAUCUCUUGUGCCAAUCAUAGAAGAAAACUCUAGAGGGGGGGGAGAUGUAGAAAAGCAACAAAAUGAAGAUUUGUUGGUUUCUCACUAAAGCAUAAAUCUAAUGAAAGAGAGCACCUUUUACAUGAAGUACCUUGCAAAGCUUAGCACAGAGUCCUAUUAUCGUUAGUUACAAAUCUUGGUCAUUUCAUCAAUUGGACGUCAAGAAUGCUUUUGUCAACGGUGAAUUAGAAAAAGAAGUUUAUAUGAUCCUUCCUCUUGGGUUUGAAAACUGGGGCAAAAGCAACCAGGUUUGCAAGUUGAAAACAAUCCUUUUAUGGGUUGAGACAAUCUCUCAAAGCAUGGUUUGAUAGAUUCUUUAAGGUGCUGAAAAAAGGAGCACUAUUAGCCGGGUCAAUCUGAUCAUACGCUUUGUUAGACACAAGUAAGGAAAAAGAGCAAUUUUAAUUGUCUAUGUGAAUGCCAUUGAGGAAAUAGAGUGACUGAAAAAAGUCUUAGCCUUUAAAUUUGAAGUUAAAAAGAUGUAGACCAAAUAUGCUAUUUUUUGGUUAUGGAAGUAGCUAGAUUAAGGAGAGGAACAUGCAUCUGACAAAGAAAUAUGUCCUUGAUCUCAACAGAAAUUGGAAUGCUUGGUUGUAAGCCAAUUGAUACUUCUGUCGCAGUCAAAAAGAAGAAAAAGAAAGGAGAAGACAAAGAUGAGAAAGAAGAAGAAUGCCAACUGAUGGUAAACUGUGUCUAAGCAUCAUUCAGCCUAGAUCAGGAGGUAGCUAUGUACGAACAAGAUGAAACCUUUGAUUCUAGAGAACGGAAGAAGAGUAGGUAUUUGUCCUAUCCCUACACAAACAUGGGACCAGGACAUAAAGGUUUGCCUGUUAAAACAGAAGACUCUGAAACUCCAAGCCACUCUCAUCAAAUAGAAGGUUCAAGUGUAGCUAAUAAUCGUUCUAAGAGAUCCUGCACGACUGCUAAAUCCAGUACGAAGAAAUUACGAAGUAAAUGGUGCAGAAAACACAUCCGGUGGAGUGCUAUGUCCAGCGGUCGAGAAUUCGGAAAGGCAUCUUCAUCAGAAUUGCUUUCUGGCCUUUACUCUAAAGCUCUUGAUUGUAAUUUUCCGUGCAAGAAUAGAAAAUCUGAUUUGGUUGAGUGGUUCUUUAGUGCAUUUAGAUUAUCAACAUUCCGUGAUGAGGCUGAACUUGCUGCUAUCCUGGAAAACCGGAAGAGUGGAAAUUCAGGGACGCCGGUCAGAAAUGAUUCAUUAAGUGUCAAUGGUGAGCAGAAGAAAACGAAAAUGGGACAAACACGGAAGCGCAAGAAUCAAUCCCUUCCUAGCCAAUCAGAUAUGAAUAAAGACAUUGCUGCAAGUGAAUUUCUCUCAAGAUGUUCUGCAAAAACAAACAAUGAAGGGCUAGGGGAGAGCAUGGAAGAUGUAAAACCGGCAGUCCAGCUGCAAAAUGUUAGGUCAACAACUGGUGUAGGGAGCAGCAGAGGCAAACGUAGUUUAACAUCUAAAGCUUCCAGACCUAAAAAGACAAAGAAGUUAGAAGUUUGUCUGGAUGAUCCAAGAAGUAGAUUCUGUUCAAACUCAUUUGAUGGGGGUGAAAAAAGCAAUAAAAGCAGUUCAUUUGUAAUAGAUCUGCAGAUGGUGCCCCUACCUAGAAAUGGUAGUCCUGAAAAAAGUAAUGGUAAGAAUAAGGUUGAAGUAGAUUUGACAGGUUCAAAUCCAGAGUUAUAUGCCUCCCACAUAGAUGUUGGAAAUCUUGAUAAUGGAUUUUCUCCCAAGAAUGCACCAGCAGAGCAUCUCAAGACUAACCGUGCGACUGUCAUCCCCGAUUUAAAUGAUAUUGGCUUUGAGGAUAUUUCAACCCAGAAGAAACUUGAGGGUGACAAUGGCUUUUCUCCUGAGCUGAAAGCUAAACACAAGCAGAGGAAAGACUCAAAACCUAAAUCAGAGCUGUCAAGAAGCAUUUUUUCUGGUAUGGAAUUCUUUCAAACAAUUAAUUACAACAGAAUUGAGGUCAAUGGAUCUUGUCUUCUCCUACAAUUUGACCCUGGAGUUUCUUUGCCUUCAAAAGAUGAUCUAUUAGCUACAUUUUGUCAAUUUGGUCCCUUGAAUGUACCAGAAACACAGGUGUCAAAAGAUGUUUGUGCUCAAAUUUGUUUCUUAAAAGGUGCAGAUGCAGAAAAAGCAUUUCGUAAUCUCAAGCAGAACAGACCAUUUGGGGCAACACUUGUUGAUCACAAUGAUUCCUCUGAAACUAUUGCACCAUUAAAACAAUGCGAGCCGAUCGCAGGACAUUCCGGGUCCAAGCCACCGCAUUGUGAAAGACCUUCACUUGAGUUCAUUAGGCAGAGUUUGGAGAUGAUGGCUUCAACCCUUGAGAAGAAAGGGCAUACUAUUUCUCAGCAAAUGAGAGACAAAUUAGAGGGAGAGAUAAAAAACCUCAUGGAAAAGGUGAACUCUAUUGGUUCUCCCUCUAUGAAAGACUAAACAUUAGGAUCUGGACCCCAAGUUUAAAUUGUUUCCUAUUGUUGCAUUGACACGUACUUUUCUUGGGCCGCAGCCAUUGAAUUUAUAACCUUCAAUUAUUUUAUAACCAAUCAUGUUGAUUUUGAUUGUUA